AUGUUGAGAGGAACCAAAGGGUUUUUCGUCGUCAAAGUCAGCCGUAUUACCUUCAAAGAGAAGAAGCCGAAGAGAAAUCCACCGCGCAACUUGGAACAGCAGCAUACGGACCCACCAACCGUCGUACCGCCUUCUCACAGUGGUGGAGCAGGCUAUAAUAAGGGGCCAUAUUAUACUGGAACUUGUUAUUAUCCAUCUCAACCAAAACCACUGUCCAGUCCACCUCCCAGUUUGGAUAUUCCCAGUCCAGUGGCUCCUCCGAGGAAAGAUCCCGCAGACGGUGCUCUUGAUUCACCGGUUCAUUUCAAAGUUGUGAAAGGAGAAUGCGGCCGAGGUUCGCCCCCGAAAGGAAAUCGUGAUGUUCCCCCAGGAUAUCCCGCACUUCCUUUCACAGACAGUCCUCGUCAACCAGUUCCUCCAAAGGGUUAUUGUGAGAUAGUCUGUCCUGGUUACCACCCGGAUGGUCGUUAUGAUGAAGUCCCCGAAUCCCCUCCUCGUGGCAAAGGAGACUGUGGCAGAGUCCCCAACAGGAGACCUGAUGAUUGUUCUUCUCCUCCUAAUGCAACCCGUCCGGUGCCUUCUCCCACGGAUAUUCCUGAUCAGGUACCUUCUCCCGGCGGUCCUGAUUUGCCGCUUUGUCGAUGCCAUCUGGAAAGGAACGUCCUGCUGAGCAAGAUGCCGGGACGAGUGACGCAAAUCGUCUGCCGAAGGGUGACCAGUUUUUUUACUACUUCUCAUAAGAAAUCUGGAACGGAAUGUUCACGAAAUUCCAGAGAAAGUUUUAGUUGCUGUACUGGUAUGCAGACUGUGAUGUGA